AUGGCAUCAGCAGCAACACAACAUGAGCAGUUAGAGGUGGGCGAGUGGUUGGAUGUAAUCGGCCUGGGCGAGUACAAGGCGGUCUUCGAGGCGGAGGGCUACGACGACAUCGGGGUGGUGGCCGAGCUUACCGCGGACGAUCUCAACGUUCUCAACAUCACCAAGCCCGGCACCCGCAAGAAGCUCCUCCUCAAAGCCAAGGCCCUGAAGGCCACCCUCUCCAAAGCGGACCCGGUCGAAGAGCUCCUGCUCGCCCGACGGACCUCCGGCAGUGUGGCGCCGCUGAACAUAUCGUUUCCCUCGCGGAAGAGCGACAUCAUCGAGCGGGUGGACCUCGACCUCAGCACAGCAGACGAAGACGACAGCGAUGACGACGACGACGACAACAACGAAGAGAAAGAAGGAGUGGUGGCCAAGGCCAAGGAGGAAGCGAAGGACGGCGACGCGCAGGAGGACCUCGAUGCGGUGCCAGCAGCAGCAGGUGGCGAUUGGUGGGAGGGCAGCCCGGAUCGGAUCCAGCAGCGGAUGAAGGAGGAGGUGCAGGGACGACUGGAGAAGGUGAUCGCCCUCAAGGGGCACCUCAGCCAAGGCGAGUUCGAGCGUGGUCACGCCGGGCGAGCGCACACGCCGCCGCAGCCGCCAGCGACGACAUCUAACGCCGCGGUCGGCGACGAACGGGCGAAGAAGAGCGAAAGCGACAGUCACACACAAAGAGAGAAAGAGAAAGAGGCCGACGAAGAGCGAAGACAAAGGAACGAGACGGAAGAGAAGGGGAAGGAGCGAAUGCAUGGAGUACCUGAGCCGCCGCCUCAGCCCCUGGUGGCUGUCCGCGCGCCCACACCACCACCGCCGCCACCGGCGGUGGUAUCGGCCGCGACGAACGUUCAGCACCACACCGCCGCGGCGGCAGCGCAGCAACAGGCGGGUGGUGCCGGAGAAGAGCUCGAGGGCGAGGUGAUCGAGGUGUUGGACGCCGACGGAGAGAAUCGCAAGCUCUUCCUGCGCGAUCGCGCGUUCUCCUUCCGGCGCACCAUGCAGAUGAUCAGCCCCAGCGCCAGCGCCAGCGGCGAACUUCUCUACGGCGCCAGCCCCUCCAAGCGCGACCAGCGCAGCCACCGACCCGAGGCCGGCCACUCCUCCACAAUCUACUUCGACAUCAACUCCGUCUUCAUCAUUAUCCUCGUCAUCUUCAUCAUCGAUGGCGUUGGCGGCUUCUUCUUCAUCAUCAUCCGUGGUGAGGCCGAGAUCGCGGUCGCCGUCGUCGCCGUAUCGCUCGCCCUCGCCGUCGGCCUACACGCCCGCCCGGUUGCCGACCUCGUUCUUCCACCGGCCGCCCUCCUUCGCGGCCCCGGCCUCGCCGACCGUGCCCCCCGCCCGAGCGUGGAGCAUGCCGGACUCGCCCCUCGUAGGCGGCCGCGUGCGAGCCAUCACCGCCACUCUGAUCCCGCCCGGACCCACUAUGCCCGCGCCGCCCGCGCCACCGACGAUGAUGUCAUCCGCAAGCCAUUCUUCGUCACGUCCCCCGCCGACGGCGGUGUCGACAGAGCCCAAGACGGCGGCACCUACAGUGUCGACAGCAGCAGAGCCGGCGGUUCCGGCGGCGGCGGCCAUGAGGGUGGUCUCGGCGCCGGUGGUAUCGAAGCCACCGCCGCGGCCACCACCAGCACCACCAUUACCAACCCAGACAAGGACCAGGACAAGCGAGUGCCCACCAGCAACACGACCUCGCGCACCCCUUCGGCCACCGCCCUGCCGACCAGCGCCUCAAUACCGUCAUCAUCGUCGUCGUCGUCAUCGUCAUCGUCGGGCUCCACAAUCGGGAAGCGGCCAGUGCCCCGGCGGGAGCUUCCACCAAUCCCCCCGCGAAGGCCCCCAACCACCGCCACAGCCGCCACCACUGGUGGUGCCGAGGCGAAGAAGCAGGAGGUGAAGGAUCUUGGCAGCGAUGACGUCGACGAAGAGGCCAAGGCGCAGGCGAUGCUGUUCGAGACCAAGGUGACGGAGCUGGUGCAGAAGAUGCGGGAGGCCAUCAACUCCAACAGCAGCCGGCGGAGCGGGGAGGGCGGAGGCGGUGGUGGCAUGAGCUCGGCCAACAGCGGCGCCAGCACCACUGGUGAGCCCAAGGGCAAGGAGAUCGCCACCACCAGCGACGAUAGCGAAAGCGACAGCGACGACGACGACAGCGAAGACGAAGCCGAGCGGCAGCGGAUGCGGGCGGCGGUGAUCAAGAUGCGGCGGAGUCGCGGGCGCGGCGAGGGCGGGAGCGACAGCGAGGCCGAGAUCGAGCGCCAUUGGCGCACGCGGUCGUCGUCGGAAGUCAACGGCGGUUCGACCGAAAGGCCCCAGUUGCUACGCGACGAGAUUCGGCCGAAGUACCGGCGCCAGCCGCUCGCCAGCCGCGGUGCCCAGUUGCUGCUCGACCACGACCUGAGCCUCUCGAGCGAGCGCCGGCGGCGAAGCCAGCUGCUCGACACCGACGAGGUCGCCGAGGCCCUGGCCGCCGAGGCCGCCGCUGCCGCCACCGUCAAAAAGAACCGCCGCCGGAGCGUGCGGGCCUUCAUCACCAACACCGGCUUCAGCCUGAGUCACCACCACCACGCGACCGGCACCACCGGCGCCACGGCCGCGACUGCGACGACCGCCAACAGAAAGAAGCAGAGCGGAGUGAGCAGGCUGAGGGCCAAGAUCGGCGGCGUCGGCGGGAAGAGCAACAGCUUUUCGGUGGAAAGGCGCGACGUGGAUCGGAUCGGCCGAACGAAGAAAACGCUUGUCGACAUUGAUAGCGACAGCGACAGCCUCGACGACAGCGACACCACGACCACCGCCAGCAGCAGCAACAGCAGCGACGAGGCCGUGCGGCCGGUGACCACCUCCAGCACCACCUGCACCACCACCGAGAGCGAGAGCAGCGACUAUUUUGGGCCGCGCUCUCUUCGUCGUCACCGCCAGCACCACCCGCGCCCGCGCUCGAUGCACCUCAACGCCGGGGCCAAGCCCGAUAAGCUCACCGCCGCGGCCGCCAGCGAGGGGAGCGACCGGCGUCUCACGCUGCAGGAGGAACGCCCGCCGCCGGAGCUCAUGCCCGACUGGCGCCCCAACCACCACCGCCGGUCCCUGGCCCGACACGGCGUGGCCGACUCGUCUGUCGACGUCGUCGACACCUACGACGACGAGGACAGCAGCAGCGCCGGCGGCGGGCUGUACCAUGAUGACCGCGUGCCACGUCAGCGGCGCCACGCGGCCCGCAGCUCGCGCAUCCCGGCCAUCAAGUACGACCUGACCAAGCUGCAGAAGGAGUCCCAGAAGACCACGACGCCCGUGGCUAAGCGGCGCAACGACAGCAAAUCGGCGGCGGCGCUGCCGAAGAAGGCCGGGCGGCUCGACGGUCUGCUGCACAAGCUCUUCACCAGCGCCGGCGGCGACGAGCACGACAACAAGAAGCGACUCGUCAAGGAGGAGAAGAAGGAGAAGGCCAACCACCAACACAGCGCCGGCGGCGAGAAGCGUUCGAUGUCGAAGAGCGGCAUGUUUUCGCUGAGCCCGCGGCGUCGCAAGGCCGGCGACAACACCGCCACCAACGACCACGGCCACGACGAGAUCGACGUCGAGAAGCGCGACAAGCUGGUGAAGCCGACGACAGCGACGAAGAAGCAGCAUCUGCUUAAGAAGCAGAGCGGGCGGAAGAGCAAGUCGAGCAGCGGCAAGGUCAAGCGGGACAAGGAGGACAAGAUUCAUCAUCGUCAUCAGCACGACCACGACGACCACGACAACGACGAGCCGAGCGACAACAAGACGAAGAAGGAAAAGAGGAAGAAAGAGAAGGAAAAGGAAAAGAAGAAGAGAAAGGACCAGGAGAAGGCCAAGGGAGUCGGGGGCGGCGGCAGGAAGGGCGAGAAGCGACCGACGGCCGCCGCAACCGCCUCACCACCGCCCGCGGUCCUGGCACGCACCAUCAGCGACGACCUUCGGCAGCGCGAACGCGAACUGGCGCUCGAACUGGCCGCGGGCCGCGAGCGCGAGCAGCAACAGCUUCAACUUCACCAGCAGCAUAAGCAGCAGCAGCAGCAGCAGAUGCACGUGCUGAGCGUGGUGCCGCAGGCGAUGAAGGACGAGAUCGCCUCGCAGGAGGAGGAGCUGCGCGAGAUGGCGGCCGAGAUCCGGAGGCUCAAGGAGGAGGUGGCCCUCCUCUCGCGCGAAGAACGGGGUGGCGGCGGCGGCGGCGGCGACCAAGCGGCCGGCAAGCGACCAUCGCGCGACUCGACCGUAGCGAUGGCGGCAGCGACGGCGGCGGCGGCCAACACGGACCGCGGCGCCAACCGGCCAAGGGAGAGCGAGGGCGAUGUCGGCCAGCAACAACACUUGGCGAGCGACAGCACCGGCGGAGGCAACGCCAAGGCCGAGCCUUCAGACGAAGGCGACGACGAUGACGAAGAGGUCUACGUGAUCAAGGGCAAGCUGGUGAAGAUGAAGCCCAGCGCCACGGCGGCAUCGGCAUCGGCGUCGGCCAACAGCAAGAAGCUGGCGCAGGGCGACGAUGCAACGACGGCGACGCCGACAGCGGCCAACAGGAUCGCGGUGCCACGGCGCUGGCCCACCAACGUGCGGAGCGUGAGCGAGGACCAGUUGAGCGGCGACAGCGAUGACUCGGCGGCCUCCGCUGGUGCACCCCAGAAGCAACAGGCCAGCAGUAGCGGCAGCAGCGACGACAACGACGACGCCCUGGCCCAGAAGAAGAAGGACGGUAUCGUCUCCUUCUGGUUUUGA